GCCUGGAACCCAGGGACGGGCAGCAGCGUCGGUCCACGGAUCUUAGAGAUCAAUUUCGGUCAGCGAUGGCCGAAACUUUCAGCCAGGAAGCCGUUUUGGAUUUUUUGCUAGUUCACCGUGGAAAGGUGAGGAAUGCCGACCUGACCGCUCACUUCGUCCGUUUCUUGAAGGAUCCCGAAAGAAAACUGCAGAGCCGCGAACAGUUCAAGAAGUUCGUCAACUCGCUCGCCGUGGUCAAGGAGGAAGAUGGGGUCAAGUACAUCGUCCUGAGGAAGAGGUAUGUCGAAUUUCUCUCCGAGGAGAUGCACUCUUCCAGUGAUGUCCCGGUGCCCGCUCGACCGAAGGGGGAACAGAAGGCGAGGCAGAAGGCAGUUGAGAGCAGCCAGCCGGAGCCCGCGAGCUGCCCGCGAGAGCACCUGGCCGUUACUGAGGACAGGCAGCGCGAGGCGGCGCUCAGCGAAACCCACCAGCAGCCGCGGGCUCAGCGCAAACCUGCUCCUCAACAAUUUGCAAAGCCUCCCGUCGACGUCGUGCGGGAGCCGCCAGGGUCGCCGGGGGCAUCGCGAGCUGGAAACUGCAGCGGCCAAGCGAAUGGCUGCAUCUCUCUGCCCGAAGGUGAAGGUAGUCGCUUACAGCUUCAGCCAGUCAGGGAACAUGCCAAAGGAUUCAAUGUCGCUCAACCCGUUUGGCAGAGCGAUUGGAAUGGAGCUGUCAGCAAAGGCGAUGAUGGUUCAGCUCGUGGUAAUCAGAGGGCCAGAAAUCCUAAAAGCGAGAACAGAAGUCCUGUAAUUAUAAAUAGUGGCACUGAUAAAACCGUCAGAUUAUCGAAUGGUGAUGACAGUCACAGCAGCAAUCCUCUAGUCUCACCUGAUCUUUCUCAUCUGCCCCCACCUCGCUCUAAUACUCCGAGUAAAAAUGGAAAACUACUCCAUGGCCAUGCUUGGAAUGACAAUUCUGAGACUACCUCUGAUGAGCUGGCCACUCAAGCCUUGCAGUACGAACCUGACCAACAUCCUCUGGACAAUUUGGUGGAGAAAUCAGAAGAUGUAUUUCCCAGACUUCAGAAGCAGGGCAGUACAUUUAGGCAUGAGAACAAAAUGACCAAGGUUUGGAAGAAUCCUCUAUCACCAAAGAAAAAUGGAAGUACUGACAAAGUAUACAAAAUGCAAUCAGAGUUACUAAUUAGUAGUGCCACUGAAGUGCUUAAAAAUUCAGCUGUAUACACUGAAGAAUGCAUUCACAGGAAUCAGAGAAAGCAACCACAACAGCAUGGUCAGCUAUCUACUGGAAAUGGACAACUAAUGGGCGUGAAACAGAAUUCUAAAGGGCAGAAUGUAUUGGCCAAAAGAGACAAAACUUCUUUUAAAAAGGUUAAGAGCAAAAUGUCAAGAGUUAGUCACAAAUCAACUACUCGAAAAAUAAUGGAUAAACAAGUAGGUCUUUCCAUUGGUGACCAGUCACCAAGUCUGACCCAAACAAUGAACCACAGUGGGUGCGACAAAGAGGAUCCAUCAAAAAUUGGGGCUACAUCAGAAAAAAAAUCAAGUGAUUCUAUAGAGCAUGAAUGGAUGGUGAAAACAGCUGUUGGCAAGUUUGAACAGGCUUAUUCCUUAUUCUGCAAAGACCCUAACUUUGCUAUGAAAAGAGAUUUUAUUUCUGGCUAUACAGUACUUCACUGGAUAGCAAAACAUGGAAACCAUCGUGCACUCUCUCACUUUAUUAGUGCUGCAACUAAAAAGAAAAUUAAACUUAAUGUGAACAUUAAAUCUACUUGUGGUUACACUCCACUGCACAUAGCUGUUAUACAUGAACAGUUGAAAAUCAUCCAAUAUUUGGUGAAAAAAUAUCAAGCAAAUAUUAAUCUAAGAGAUCACAGUGGCAAAAAACCUUGGCAGUACCUGAGCAGUGAAUCUCCUAAGAACAUGUACCAGAUGUUGGGUGCUCCUGAUCAUAAACUUUCAAUUCAUUCUGCAUACAACAGCACAUUUUCGGCAAAGCAUAUCAACACACCAAAAUCAUCUCCUUCUGUAAGCAGAAAAUCAUCAUUCACUGCUCUUCUCAAAUCUCCAAGGGUUCUUCAAAAAUUCAUGCACCAUGAUCCCCUUAAUUCAAUAAUUGAGGAUGAUGAGCAAGAUUGAAAUACGUUUAAUAUUUUUUAUAAAUUGUAUCAGAAAUUAUAAUCUAGCUCCUGGUUAUGUAUCACAUUCAACACGUGAAUAUUCUUCAAAGUAAUUUAUACAUUUUUAGUUGAUACACGAAGAAUAAUGCCUAAGUCUGAUAUUAUUCAGCUGUGUCUCAGGUGAAGAGUUCAUAACAUGCAAUCAAUUAGGGUAAAGUUGCCAUAGUCUUACCAGACCAUAGGGUUACUGUCUCGUCAGAGAGUGGUAACUAGUGUUGGUUUAACCUGAAAGUUGCAAUGUCUCAGGCAUGGGGAGAGGUUGAGAAGGAGAGCCCUUUGUUGUAACCCCACAAUGUUGGCACCACUCAAUAUGCCAAGCCAGCUGUCCAGGCAAUUGAGCAAACCAAACCCCACAAUAAUAGUCAUGAAUAUAGAAUGUCUUCUCAACCCAGAGGAACAAUGCAGUAGAAAGCCUAUAAAUACUUGGAAAUGAACUUCUGGUACUCAUUCAUGACUUGAGUUGGACCAAUAUCUGUCAUUCACAAGUUUUACUGGCUUUUCUUUCUGUGAAUACCUCCUGAUGUUGAAAUUCUAUUUAAAUAUUCAAAGAUUCUAUUUUAAUUUCUUGUUAUUUAUGUCAAUUAUCCACAAUUUUCAAACCAUCCCUCUGAAGAGAGUUUGAUUUUGCUGGAGUCUGGGUGCAGCAUGUUUGCCAGCAGAUCUCCAAUUCCUCCUUCAGACCUUUUGUCGUAAUUGUCUUAUCUGAUUGUAAAAGCUAUACAUUUUACUGUAGCUGUCACUGAUGGUGAUCAGAGAAAGGAUUAAGGGCUGUAUUUUCUUCCUGCUUCCUUAGCUGAAGCAUCUACUAUUUUUAUUUUUACGGUUUUAUAAGUUCAGUCAAACCAAUUGUUAUGUCCUAAUUGUAGCAGUUCAGUUAUUUUUCUAGUUUUGAACAUUGAUAACUGUAUUCUGACCAUAUCUGUCAUGACCAGAGCCAAUUCAAACUGCCAGAACAGUCUUGCUCUGUUUCCUGAAGCUAUUCUAUCUGAUGCUGCCAUUAUUUGAAUAUCAUCAAGUUUUUCAGUAUGAUAGAGAUGGAAAUCCCAAAUCAUGUGACAUGCUGAGUGAUCAGGAAUUUGUGUCUGUCAUUCUAUUUAAUAUUCAGUCUGUUGGAGCCAGGACCUUUAGAGACGGACACAUUAAGGAAGUAAACUGAGGAAGGAAGCCGAGUGUCAGGGAAUAUUAGGAGAGAGAGAGGGCGCAGUCCCACAAACUGGGAAGAAGCUAAUAACCAACUUUAGUAUUUAGGAUUACUGACACACAUUCAUAUCAUGCAAUUUCCCCAUAAAACAUAAGACAAUUUUUUUGCCAUAACCUUCUGCAUUCUUCUGUUGUUCCUAUCAUGAUUUUGUUUUGAAGUUGAUGCUGCUAGUUUGUGUGUGCGAAGUUCAGCAGGAUGCAACAGAACCACAAUUGCAUUCCUUGUUUUAUCUCUGUACUGUACAUCAGUAUUGUGACUAUAGUUCAAGUAUAUCCUUGUAUAUCAGUAAUGAAAUUACAUUUUAGUGUAUCUGUG